CACCGGCAGAGGGCGCGGACGACGGCCCCCCCCGACGCCCCCGCCCGCUGCCCUUGGCGCAACGCCAUGUUCCACGCGGGAAGAAUCGCGGGGCGGUCCCGGAUCAGCCCCACGGUGGUGAAGCUGGACAUCACGGUGACCACACCGCCGCUCGCGUCCUUCCUCCCGGGCCAGUGGGUCGACCUGGUGGCGGAGGGGCAGCCCUGGGUGGGGGGCUUUUCCAUUGCCAGCAGCCCGAGGGACCUCCCGACCCUCACGCUCGCCGUCAAGCGGUCGGGGGACCCCCCGGCCGCCUGGGUGCACGACGCGGACCGGUCGGCGGUGGGCAGCCCCGUCCGGGUCCGGGUCGGCGGGGGGUCCGUCCUCACGGGCCCCGGCCCCCUCCGGCCGUCGGUAUUUUGCGCCGGCGGCAUCGGGAUCGCCCCGGUCCUCUCCCAGUACCGCGAGUUCCUCUUUCUCCGGGGUGCGGCGGCCGAGGGAAGCCCCGCAGCCCCCGCGAUGCUCCUGUACACGGCAUCCCGUGCGGAGGAGCUGGUCUUUGGCGGGGAGCUCGCCGACCUGUCCCGGGAAGGGUGCACCGCCGGCGGCGGGAGCGACCGGGUGGUCUUUGCCCUCACGCGGGAGCCCACCGGAUGGGGAAGCGAACGCAACGGCGACAGCGACAGCGACAGAACCUUUCCCCCGCACGUGGAACUCCGGACGGGACGGGUCCUCAAGGAAUUCCUGGACGAGGGUCCCGCCGAUGCCGAUUACUACCUCUGUGGACCUCCGUCGAUGAUCGACGAGGCCGUGGCACACCUCAGGGGCGUUCGAUCCAUUCCCCACGAGCAGAUCAAGUACGAAAAAUGGUGGUGAACCGGAGCAGUGCGUCAACGAAUCGUGCCAGGGGACACAAUGCAACCCAUAAAACUAGUAAAGAAUG